UAUAGGCUGUCUUGUGAUUUAGACUAUGGAUUUCCAACACUGGAAUGUUCUCUCAUUUAUGAAUAGCGAUACCAAACCAUGUCUGAGCUCUGGCUCAACAUGUUGGGAGAUGGAUCCCAACUUCACCUUCCUGUGUGGUUUGGGAUUGCUCCUUCUGUUCCUGUGCUACCUGGUGGGGAUUCCAUUUCCAAAUUGGAAAAUCAAAACUACCCAAAAGCAUCAGGGCAGAGCCAAGAGGAGGAGGAAAGGAGGGACACUGGAAGAUGGCAGAUGGUACCAACGGGAAGUGGAGGAGGCCCGGAAGCUGAUCUCGAUUUUAAGAAGCCCCCUCGGCCGGCAUCAUGAUACCAUCCACUUUCGUCAACUGUUAUGUCCAGACCCCUCCUGUGAGAUAUGUAACAGCACAUCUGCGGAGAUCGAUCGGCUGCUGUUCCUGCAGGCUCUGGAAGAUUCUACUCCCUUGGCUUCUGCAGCUUCUGUGACUUCUUCAUCAUUCACUCUCUCCACUGACUUCUCAGCAGUCCCUCCAGGAGAGCUAAUACCAGCUUCGCUGUCUGAGUCUUCCCCACCACCUGCCUCCAUCUUCUCACCUAACCCAGUGAUCCCUGUGGCUGAUUUCUUUCCACCCUCACCACCGGGUGAUUCUGUGCCACCAGAGCCCUUUCCUCCCUUGGAUUCCAAAUUCCCAAUGGACCAUUUCCCAGCCCAGCCCCCUGCCUUUCCACCUCCUGUCCCACCCCAUCAUGCCCAUUCAGUGGACCGUAGCGUCCAAACAGAGACAGUGUCUCUAAAUACCCUUUCCCAAGAUGUCAGCCCCUUACCGGAGUUGUGGGAGCAGUGUCCAUAUCCUACCACCUCGGAAGAGGGCCAUUUACAGCAAACCCCCAUCCAGUUCUUCUGGGGUCUCCAAACUCCAAGCAGGUCCUUCUUCCCUGCUGCCUCCCCAGAGCAGGAAUCCCCAGGAGUUCCCCAUCCACUUCCUCCAUCCUUGCCUGAGAACCCGCCUCAACUCCUGCCUCAAACCCAGCCCCUACCUCUCCCUCAUGUCCAGCCCCAGGCCCACCUUCAAUCCCCACUCCCAAUCCUGCCAUCUGGUCCUCUACCUGACAUCAAAAUCUGUGGAGCUUGUUUCCACAGACCUCAAAAUGAGUCUGAGAGUCUGCCAUCAACAGAAAUGGAACAUCUGGAAUCGAACGUGUUGCAGAAGAUACAGAAACGUGUGUGGGGUUUACCCACUAUAGUCCAAAGAUCCCAGGAGGACUACUGUUCUUCUGCGUCUAACCCUUGUUUCAGCCACAAGGCCACCAAGGCUCAUGCUGCAGUUUCUGUCCCUCCUGGGCAGUUUCCUCUGAAUGAAGAGCUUCGGAGAAAACUGGAGUCUCAUCUUGAAGACAGGCUCAUCCUACACCAGAGGGGCCUAACCCGCAGGAUCUAUGAGUCUCUAGCACUGACUCUUCCACAGCUACCUGAGUCUCAGCGCCAUGGUGGACGCUCGGCAAUCUCUAAUAAGAGUCCGAUCAGAAGGAGUAUGUCAAAAAGCGUCUAUGUGGAGCUCCCAGAAAUUCUUCUAGAGGAGAGUUCCUGCAAAGAUGACCUGGACAAGGAUCAGGGACACAACACCAAGAAUGAUAUGGGGUAUGGUUCUGACCAAGAACAUAGCCCAUCCGUGAAAAACUCGAUGGUGGCUGUGGAGACUACGGAACAGAGACAACUUAAUGCCAUGAAAACUCUCCAUAAUUCAUGGCACUCCGUGGAGCAGACAUCACUCACUUCUAAGAAAUCCCAGAAAGAAAGAAGACAGGGAAGUUUGCCACCAUCACAGGUUGAGGAUGACUCCCUGAAUAACUUCCAGGAGCUUCCCCUUGUUACACCUACGGCAGCACAGAUGCUGGAAGAUCACAUUAAAAAGCUUAGUAAGAGGUUGACUUGGGGCCUUCCCCCUAGGGUCCUUGAAUCCAUACAGCACUUUAAAUACAAAGAGUUCAAUGGAAGCUUAACAUCUCUCCGUGGACACAAAGCAGGAACAGCAAAUUCAGCCCCCAUCCCCGAUCAUCCUUUCCCUGCCACCUCAACUGCGGGCAAGGAGGAACAAAGAAUUUUGAGGCCAUUAGCCUCUAAUAUAACCCAUCAGACUCCUACAUCUGUCAAACGUGACUCCAUAGGCAACAGAUGGCCCCCAAGGCCACCUAAAAGGCAAGGUGCACUCAGACGGCCUACAAGGCAAGGUGUGCUCACAUGGGAGCCAAAGGUCAAAAGUGCAAAUGCCGAUACUGGAAGGGGACAGUAACCAGGCAUAAAGGGGAAGAAGCCAGAACCUGGUGGUGUGCCCACAGAGUAAAUAUUUCUCUAGUAACAUGUUGUCUGUUCUGUGUACUGUCUUGGGAGCAAUGGUUUUGGGCAAAUCAGUUCAGCCGUUACUGAUUGCUUCCUUCAUCUUCUAAAAGGUGACCAAUCUCCUGGACCUCUUGGGAAAUAU